UCAUUACACCAAUCCCAAUUUUUCCGACGCCCGACCACCCAAAAUCACGUUCCUCAACUAAACAUUGGUCCUUCGAGCCGGAUGGUGCGGUAAAAAACAGUGAAAAAUUGUGAAAGUGCAGUGAAAUUUCAACGAAACCAAAAAGGACGCCAAGUCCUAUAGUAAAAUCAACGACCCGUGGAAUCUUCUGGAACAUUCCAACGUGUUUACAUUCCAUCGGGUCUCAAAUUUCCCUGACCGCGCGUGCGACAAUUCGGGAAUGCUCGGCCCACUUCGCUCAACUUCGUCAGUAGUCCCCCACUUACUGGGACUGUGCUCAACGAGUGAGGUCGCACCCCACUCAACGUCAACUCAACGGUCGGUAAAACUCAACGGUCGGUAACGUAGCUAUAUUAGUUACCAACAUGGCAGAUGAUGGAGAGUACGAGCCAACCCAACCCAUUGAAAUUAACGUCGAGAUCAACCCCGUAUCUCCAAUCGUCGUUAACCCUCCAGAGACCCAAGCUCCAACCACACAGGAGCAUGAAGAUUGGGCAAAUGUUGUAGAAACUUUUCCGGCAAUCAACACCUCAACAAUUAAAACGAGGAAGUCCGAAAUUGCAACGAUGCCGUCAACUAUAAGCACACCAACGCAGCUCUCAACAGGAACCGCCAACCAACUAGAGUUUCUACAGGACAGAAUUCUAGAAUUCAACGCAAUCGACGAAGAACUGAGGGAAUUAAGGCCAUGAUCAACAACGCUCAUAUUGCUCGUGAGACGGUGGACCACCUGAUAAGCACCGCCAGGAUUCCCAAAGAAGAUUUGGGCGAGCAAUUCGUCUUUCACUUGCUCAAACGUUCCAUGGAGGCUGACACACGCACCACAUGGGAACAGAAGCUGGGAACUUCAACGAAUUUCAUACCUCUGCAGGAGUUAGUCAACUUCCUG